AUGCGGGAAAGAAUGAAUCGCAGUAGUUUCGCAGCGGGCUACAGGGCGGAUAGUAGGCAGAGCACGCACCAAAAGCGAUCUUCUGCCUGCUCUGAAACGCAGAUGAGAGCUGUUUCUCUAUAUUCGCUGAGACGACGGUGUUUAUCUAGAUGUGCUGUGUAUUUAUGUGGUAGCAAAGAGGACACAGUCCCGAGCGUUAGCAAACUCCAAAUCAAAGAGAUAGUCAAGUCAGAUGUACCGAUAGAAAAGGUGUCCCUCUCUAGGGGACUUGCAAUGAACAGGUUUGAAAAGGACUUCAUUAUCUACCCAGAAUACACAGACACAGAUGAUGUCAAAGCAAUUCAGGGUUUCACAGAGGUCCUGAAGAAAUCAUUGGAAUUAUCAAUUGAUCAUGGAUACCUUGAAAAGCACAGAUGUCUCUCUGAUUCCGUGAAAGCAGCACUUCAAGAUAGUGCUGUAUUCUCUGCAUUAAUACCAUCUUCUUACAACGGGUUAGGAUUAGGAUACAAGGAUCAGGCGAAGAUAUUUGAGGUUCUCAGCACUGACUGGAAUGUUUAUGCAAAUGUGGCUUCUGUGAAGUCACUAGUAAAUAUUUUGUUGUUGUUUGGAUCAGAAGAGAUGAAAGAGAAAUAUUUUCCACUAUUAGUCUCUGGAAAAUGUCGUCCAGUCAUCGCGUUCGUUGAUGAGUCAAGUUUUACCUCAAGUGCUGAGCUUAUUGGUGGGACUCGCACCAAUUCCUUUUUGAAAAUCGAGAACUUGUGUUGCACGGGAAUGCACAAUGCCAAUGUUGCUCUCGUGUUCGCAACUGCUAAGGGUGGAUACUAUUCUUGCUAUAUAAUUGAUCGUUCUGAAUUGAAAGAAGAAGAUAAGUGGGAGUUCAAGAGGAACGAAACCAUUGGAUUGAAAGGAUUUGAUGUCGGUUAUCUAAACUUGCAAGCUUCGGUUAACGACAACCAACUGGUGGGAAACUUGGGGCAAGCCAAUGAGGUAAGAGAUGAAUUGGUUUCCACUGGACGCUUGCCUUUAGCAGCCGCAACCGUUGGAUAUGGAAAGCGUCUGUUGCAUGACUUAGCAUUGUUUUGUAACAAAACACCAAGUACGAGAAAGGAAAAUGCACUUCUGUCAGAUGAGCCUAGUAUUCAGCAGACCACAACAGAGUUUUCUCUCAAGCUGUACGUCCUUGAAUCGGCAUCGUAUUAUCUAGCUGGCUUACUAGAUGAGCGUAUUCCUGUCGUUUUAGAUAUAGAAAACGCUCUCAUUCAUAGGUUGACAAGAGACGUGUUGCGAAGCAGUAUUAACACGUGCUUAGAUUUGGCUGGAUUGCAGUCUACAAAUCCUUCACUCCAGUUUGAGAAAAAUACUCGCGACGUUGCUACUUUGUUAUCGAUGAGUCGCGAAGAAAGCAAUGUAGAAAGUAUUGCAAUUGCAACGUUGUCAUCUUGGUCUUCUAUUGGUCAAAAGAGGGUAGUGAGCUCUCUUAAACGAUUGUUUGGGCAAGAGAAAUUAGCGGAUGAGAUACGGAACCCCAAGCUGACCCACUUCAUCGCUGAACAUGCACAUCCUUCUUUGCAGAUGGCUUGUCAAGACUUGGAAUUCUCGAUGUCUCGAGUGAACAAUGUCAUUUCAAAACUGAUUAGCGAACAGGGAAAAAAUCUUGAGAGAGACCACGCCUCACUUGACCGAUUGGUAACUGUACUGCAGAAUCAUCUGGCUAUGGUUGCGGUCAUUUCGAGAUCUUCAAGAUCCUACUCUAUAGGGCUACGAAAUAGUGAUGUAGAGUUGGCCUGGGCAACUUUCAUAUGUUCAAGGUUGUCACGAGAAAAUUGGUUCUUGUUAGAGGAGCUGAACGACUAUUUCGGACUCAUUCGCUUGAAUCCUUCAUUACUCAACGUUGGAAGAGCUGUGUUUGACAUGGGUGGAUAUCAAAUUGAGUCACCUUUAGAACGAAACUGGUAG